CGACUCAUGAGUUUCCAACAGAACAGAGGUUUAGGGACACGUGGCAUGAUCUAAUUAGCCAGCUCCACAGUAUAUAAAGGCUUUUUCUCGGGUCCUCAACCCCAAGGGUAGUAAAAUCUCCCAAAGUCUCAGCUUCGUCCAUUACCACUUCGCAUCGAUUUCGCGCCCCUGACUCACUGAGUCACCUUUCUCAGCUCGCUCCGAGUUCAAAAUCGCCAAAACCUCUCUUGGAGACGAUGAACAAGUCUCCGCGCACGGAUCUACACGUAUUUGAUUUCAAUGAGGAAGAAGAAGAACGACAACAACACAACGAGAUCGCUAAAUUCAGAAGCCCUAUCCUCAAUCCUCCACUCCUUUCUAACCACGACACUCAUGAAAACAAAGUCAAUGCCGAGAACGAUGUUGAUAUUACAUGUGUCGAUGUUGAUACACUUGGUGAUAAAUUCAACCCUGAAAAGAGUGGUUUAGAUCUCCCUCUGGACACAUUGGAAUAUAAGUUUGACAGAAAAGACUCGAAUUCUGAGCUGGAACAUGCUAAAAAAUCAAAUUUCACUAGUCACGAAAAUCACUGUAAUUUUAAAGUAGAUAUUUAUAACCAUGAUGAACCAGAAGCAAAGGAUACAAGUGGUGAGGAAUCACCUCAGACAAGCCAGAUGGAUCCAUCACGGUCACCAUCCAGUAAUGAAUCAGUUGAUGUUAAUUCAGAGGCUGAUGAGUGCAUGAAUGAGAGUGUUCCUUCAAGUCCUGCCUCUGAUAUUGUAGAAAAUGUUUCGUCGAAUGGUUGUGAAUUGAAUGGCAGAUACGGUUACAACAUGGUAAUUCAUAUUCAAGCUUCAAUGGUUGCUUCAGUUGAUGAUGCAAAUAUGGAAGUUGUUCUUCAUCCAGAUUAUGUCAUAUACCAGGAUAAUUACUAUAUGGGGCCAAAGUUAACAUUUUCACAUUAUUGUAUCAAGAUUAAUGUUUCAACUACAUGUAUAAAGCAAGGAGCCCUUGAGCUUGAAUGGCCAGUUGAUGAUCUCGUUGAUAUUAAGUGCAAGUCGUUCCAGAGUAGUGCAACAAUCAUUUUAAAGCUUCGUGUAAUAUCUUGUAAAGCAACUGAGUCAAAUCAAGCAAACACCACUUCAGGCAUUGAGGAAUUGGAGAUUGCGGUUGUUGAUUCCAAUUGGUCUUUGAGGCAUAAACAGAUCACAUCUCUGAAUAUGAAAUACUCAGAUAUUUGGAAAAUUGUGCUUCAUUGCAGUAUGGACAUAGAAGGCAAUGAAAAUUAUUCAGAAGAUCCGAGAAGCUACUUCCCUAAUUUCGUGCAGCCUUUUGACGAAGUAAUCUAUCCAAAAGGGGAUCCAGAUGCUGUUUCUCUAAGUAAGAGAGAUGUUGAUCUCUUGCGGCCAGACACAUUUGUUAAUGACACAAUUAUUGAUUUUUACAUCCAAUAUCUGAAGAGUCAAAUACAAGAUGAGGAGAAGUCAAGAUAUCAUUUUUUUAACAGUUUUUUCUUUCGGAAGCUUGCUGAUAUGGAUAAAAAUCCUGCAAGUGCUUCUGAUGGCAAAGCAGCAUUUCUGCGUGUUCGAAAAUGGACGAGAAAAGUAAAGUUAUUUGAAAAAGAUUACAUCUUCAUACCUGUAAACUUCAAUCUACACUGGAGUUUGAUAGUCAUAUGUCAUCCUGGUGAAGUGGUUAACUUUAAUGAUAAGGAGCGGGACAAGUCACUCAAAGUUCCCUGCAUAUUGCAUAUGGAUUCUAUAAAAGGAAGUCAUUGUGGUCUUAAAAACCUUGUGCAAAGUUACUUGUGGGAAGAAUGGAAAGAGAGGCAUGCAACUACAUUGGAAGAAGACCUUGAAUCUAGAUUCCUUAACAUGCGUUUUCUUUCCCUUGCGCUGCCACAGCAAGAAAACUCAUAUGAUUGUGGUCUGUUUCUGCUGCACUAUCUAGAGCUUUUCCUUUCUGAAGCUCCUUCUAAUUUCAAUCCAUUCAAACUAACGAAGUUCUCCAACUUUCUAAAUGUGGACUGGUUAGGCUUACCUCAAGCGAACACUUAUCCAGAGGUUGAUAUUUGAACUUGUGGAAAACCGUGGCUCACAUGAAAUCUCUUCUUCAGACUGUAGUGAUGAUGACAACAUAUACAUUGAAAAUAACGAGAAUAGAAGUGUUCAACACCCAGAAAUCAAUAGAGAGUCAGCAAAUUCCCAUGCUGGUCAGGGAAUUGAAAUCACUUUACUGCCAGCAUCAUCAUCUUUGGAUCCUCAGUCUUUAAACAACUCAGGCUUGGUUCUAAUCUUUUGGCCAGCGGUCUUCUGAUUAUCGAUUCAAUGGUUCUAUAUUUUCAGUGGAGGAGGAUGCAGAUCUUGGCGAACAUUAUAUGUAUUUGACUUC